UUUUUAGCAAGUCGGCAGUGAAGGAUUGGCAUUCAAUUUAUAUGUACUUACCGUACGAUGGCUUAGUAAACGACCUACAAGUAUUGAACGCCCAGACUUAUUUAAUUAUAUAAUAUUACUGUAUCUUAUCGGAUUCAUUGCACGGUAUGAUGAAUGAGGCAUCUGCCGUCCAACACCAACUAGCUCGAUGUGACGUCAAGUCCGGCGCGUCCCGUAAGACCCCUCCGGGUAAUUUAAGGGACGUAUGUUCAUCGUUAAGUUUUAAUCGCGAGAAUCCCCAAAUCUUCAAAUUUCCUUUUCAGACGACGGGAAUGGUUCUGUAAUAGCUCAUUCACGCUACGUUAGGGUCAGACGAUGGCCACCUCUUCGACUCAAGAGCCGGUGAACGGCCAAAGGUUAAAGAAGCUACAUUUCGUAAUUGUUGGGGGCUCUCUUGGUGGUCUUGCUACCGGAUUGGCAUUGAAAGCUCUAGGACAUGACACAACAAUACUUGAGCGCAACCCAGUUCCGCUGCUGCAGGAUCAAGGGGCUGGAAUAGUGGCAGGAGGCGACACCCUUGAGCUUUUGAAACGAUAUAUCCGAUCCGACCGACCAUUUGCUGUGAGAUCAGAUCGAAGACAAUACCUUGAUAAAGAUGGUAACGUCGUGCAUAAGGAAGAAAUGGAGCAGAAUAUGACAUCUUGGGAUUUGACUUAUAACCUUAUGCGCGCUAAUUAUGACGGUGUCGAGAGUCCAUAUUGCACUGUCCCGGAUCCUAUUCCAGAACAUGGGAAAGCGACGCACUUCCACGACCGCCAAGUUACGAGUUUCGAAGAGGAAGGGGAUGGAAUACGCGUCCACUGGAAAACGAGCACAGGGGAAGAAGGAAGCACGUUUGGUGACAUUCUUAUCGGAGCCGAUGGACCCAGCUCGACAGUGCGAAAGAUUUUAGAACCGGGCGUCGAGCGAAAAUACGUGGGCUAUUGCGCUUUAAGAGGAACUCUUAUCGAAAGCGAAGCUAGCGAGGCUGCGAAGGAGGCGUUCAGUCACAGAUUUACGUUCUUUCACUGUCCAGGCAUACAAAUUCUUGCCUACCUCAUACCAGGCAAGGAUGGCACAGUUGAAAAGGGAAAAAGACUUAUCAAUUUUGUCUAUUAUACUAAUUUCCCAGAAGGAUCUGCCGAGCUGGAGGAGAUAUUGACAGAUAGGGACGGAAGACGCAGGCAGAUAACCGUACCACCGGGCGCUAUCAACCCAGAUGCUUGGGAGAAGCAAAGGAAGCUUGCCCGUGAACGACUUCCACCACAAUUCGCCGAGAUCGUUUGCGGGACCAAUAAACCAUUCGUGCAAGCAGUAACCGAUGUAUUAACCCCGAAUAACGAGUACCUGAACGGAAAGGUUGUACUCAUUGGCGACGCUCUUGCUGGAUUCCGACCCCAUACCGUCGCUUCGACUUCCCAGGCUGCAUUCGACGCUAUGAUCUAUGCAGAGUAUAUUGCUGGAAAUAUCACUAGAGAUGAAUGGAAGAAACAGACAAUAGGUUUCGCAAGAUACAUAUCCAAGAGAGGUGUAAAUAUGGGGGAACGGAGUCAGCACCAAUCUCUUCCAUUAAGUGAUCAUAUACACGAUCGCAACGUCGCAUCAACGCCACGAGAGUUGGAAGUCUAUCCAGAAUGGGCAACGGUUAUAUAAAUGCAUCUUCAAUUUGGAUUACGUAUAUGAAGUUACUGUGGAUUUAUUAUUAAAUGCAUUAUUCUUUCGACUUUUACAAUUUUCACGCAGCAAUCAUAC